CACUUCUACCACAUGUAAUUCCAUUGCCUCUUCUUCAUUUCCUUUCUCUUCAUCCAACACAAACAUCUAACCUUAAAAACAUCUUACUUUUCUUAAAUCUCACAAAAACAGAGUACUCUGUUUUUCCUCUGUUUUCCUACCAAAUGGCUACAAUAGUUUGCCACGGUUUACCUUCAAGUCUAGAUUCUCACCUUGUUGAAUCAAGAAUACAUAAUCUUCGUUUAUCUUCUCCAAAACCACUCACAAAUCAACCAAUUGAUUUACCUUCCAAGACAUGUUUUUUGGAAUCAAACACUAAAUCCAAUGAAGAUAGUUGGAGUUCAAUUCAAUCACUUUCCAAAUCCAAUGCUUCUCAAGAAUCCACCUAUGUUCAUCCCAAUGUGAAACUUCCAUGGCAGAAACUUAGCUCCAAGAGUUUAGAGCUUUGCACUGAGAAUCUAGGAAAUGAAACAGGUGCUGAUAUUUUAGAGAGCAGCAUUGACUUUUUCUCUUUAACAAGUUCACCUUGUGAUAAAUUGGAUACAAAAGAGCAAAAGAAAAAUUCAUGUAAAAAUUUGGGAGGUGAGAAAGUGAGAACCAAGGAUUUUCCACCACCUUUGAAGAGUAUGAGAGGCUUAGAGUCUCUAAGAGUGAAACCACAUAGAGAAAAUGGAAGGUUAGUUAUUGAGCUAACAAAAGUUCCAUCAAGUGUUUCUUGCUUUCAAGCCGAGAGAAGUAACGGUCGUCUUCGUCUUUCUUUUUGGAAUGGCGUGGACGAAGAGGACGAAGAUGACGGAGAAGAAGAAAAAGAAGAUAACACAAAUGAAGUAGAAGAAUGUAUUAUUGAUAAUGAGAACGAAAUGAAUGAAGUAGAAGAAUGUAUUACCGAUAACAAGGAAUCAAAUGAAGUAGAAGAAUGUAUUAUUGAUAAAGAAAAUGAGGAUAGAGACAUCUAUGAAGUUCAGACUCCGACACAGACACGUGAAUCGAGAAUGGAAAAAGAAAAUGAGGAUAGAGACAUCUAUAAAGUUCAGACUCCGACACAGACACGUGAAUCGAGAAUGGAAAAAUACGAGAGGGAAAGUAGGAGAAGAAGUUGCAAAGAAAUUGGUAAACAUGAAAACAAUGAAAUGUUGAUAAAUUGGGGUGAACCUCUUUGGCUUGCAUUGGUGACUUCAUGAAACUCUCAUUUAGAUUGGAUCUAUGUUUCUAUGUAGUAAUGAUGUAAAAGAUUUUUUUUUAGAAUUUUUAAGUUUGUUCUUUUUUUGGAAUAUUCCUUUUGGCUACCUGUUUUCAUUUUCUGCGACUAAUGAAAUCCAUUGUCUGUGUUUCAUUUCAA